AUUAAGUACAAUAUAUAAGAUGGUAAAAAUGGAUAAUGAUGUGGUUGAACUUGAUCGGUAUCUUCAUUCGUUGUCAUUGAAAGACAGGAAAGAGUUUAUGGCGAUGCUGAUCAGGGAGGGCAUGAGAGGUGACUGGGUAGCAGUGGUGGAACUAUAUGGCAGAUACCCUGUAGCUCACGUGACAAAGAUCAGCAAGUCGGGGUAUACGGCAUUGCACGUGGCGGUGUCGGACGGCAAAGAAGACGUGGUUAAGAAACUAGUGGAACUGAUCAAACUAGUCGAUGAAAGAAUUCCACCUCAGCAAAUCAAAAUGGAAGAUGAUGAUGAUGAUGACGAAGAUAAAAGAAUUCUACCUCUGCGAAUGAAAAAUGAACACGGGUCUACUCCGCUGCACAUAGCGGCGUCAAUGGGGAGCGUCACCAUGUGUAGGUCCAUCAUCGAAGGGUCAUAUGACGGCGAUAAAUUGGUUGAAAUUGAAAACAAUGACGGCGAAACUCCGCUGUUCUUGACUGCUUUCCACGGCAAAAAGCAAGCAUUCCUCUACCUCGACCAUGUGAUCAAUCGAAGGUAUAGGAGCACAGAAGAAGGAACCGAAGCGGCUAUGAGAUGUUGCAGGAGAAAUAACGGUGACACUGUUCUGCAUUGUGCCGUCAGUGCUGAGUAUAUGGAUAUGGCAUUUCAGAUAUCUAAGCAAUAUAAGAAUAUGACUUGUAGUGUUAAUGAGCAUGGGGUGACGCCUCUACAUUUAUUAGCGGAAAAGCCUUCGGCAUUCAAAAGUGGUGCCAAUUUCGGAAAAUUCAAAAGUAUCCUAUAUGAUGGUAUUAAAGUAAAGCGACCGAAGGUGGAGACUUAUCGUAAAGCUCAACAAAAGGACACAGAUGAUCAUCAUACAUAUUAUACACAAAACUACACCACAAUGGUCAAUUGCUUCAAUAUUCUAUGGAAGUUUGCUUGGACAGCAAUUAGAUGCACAAGGAGCGCAAAAGAAGCCGAUCCAGAAGAACCUAUAAAAAAUGAUGAAGGUGACCAGAUAGAGAGUGAUAAUAAUAAGACAGAGAUGAGUGCAGAUCCACAAGUCGAGGAUGACCAGGAUCAUAUGAACAAGGACAAAGACAAGCCAUCAGAUGGGAAUGAAGAUCAUGGACGAAAUCAAUGUAUUGAUGUUCCAAAAAAAAUUAUGACCAAUUUGAUAAUGCAUUUCACACAAUUACUAGGAUUUAGCUUUGGGUUAAGGGACAUGAUCAAGCUGAAAGAGAAACAUAUAUGCUCUCAUCAAGUGUUAAAUGAACUCCUACAAUAUGAUAGUUAUGCCAACGAAGAUCCUGGAGAGAGCCCUCAUGCUGAAAAUGAGAUAUAUAACUUACCCGAAAAUCAUGAGCCGGUCCUACCAAAGCGUCAAGAAAAGAAAGACACUGCGGUGUUAAUUGCAUCAAGAAAUGGCAUCACAGAAAUGGUAGGGGAAAUCAUCAAAAGAUUUCCAUUAGCAAUCUACGACAAGACAAAAGACAAGAAGAAUAUAGUGUUGGUGGCAUUGGAGAAUAGGAAAGCGGAUGUAUAUAAGCUAUUGCUAAGGACACAUCCCCAAAAUCAGAGCCUCUUUUGGAAACUAGAUGAAAAUUUAAAUAGUGCAUUGCAUGUUGCGGCAAAAUGGAAUCAAAAGCGACCUAACCCGUGGAGAAUUCCUGGUGAUGCCUUGCAACUGCUGUGGGAAAUUAAAUGGUUCAAGUUUGUAGAAGAUUCCAUGCCCCAAGAGUUUGAUGUUCGUUUCAAUAAGGACAAUCAAACCGCGGGUGAGCUUUUCACAGAAGAGCAUAAGAUCCUUGUUGAAAAGGGUGGCGAGUGGAUGAGGAAAACCGCAGAAGCAUGUUCUGUAGUGUCAACACUCAUUGCAACCGUUGCUUUCGCCAGCUCCACUACUCUACCAGGCGGCAACAACUCCUUCGGGCAGCCAGUGCUCGAGAAGGCGCCGGCGUUCAAAGUCUUCGCAGUAGCAUCGUUGGUGGCUCUCAGUUUCUCCAUCACUUCUCUGGUUAUGUUCCUUGCCAUCCUCACCUCCCGUCUUUCAGAGAGAGAUUUUGGUAGAAGCUUGCCAUGGAAGCUUUUGGUUGGCUUGACAUCACUUUUCGUCUCCAUAACCGCCAUGCUUGUUUCUUUCUGCGCUGGCCAUUUUUUCGUCCUAAGAAAUUCUGUCAAAGUUGCUGCUUUCCCAAUUUAUGCGGUGACUUGCAUCCCGGUCACUUUCUUCGCUGCUGCCCAGCUUCCACUCUAUGUUGAUCUGGUACGUGCCACCUUUUCGAAUCCCUUUGGGAACGCAAAACACAUAUUAGAUUCAUCUCUUAAUAAAGAUAGAAGCAAACGUUGAAGAACAUCUAUGGAGAUUGGACAGAGAUAAUAAAUUCUAAUUCCCUGGUGCAAAUUUGGAAUUAUUAAUAAAGAGAAAAGUGAUGAUUGUGUGUGGUCUCGAUCUCUCGCUGCCUGUUGGGUGAUUUUCAAUAAAUUUUUGUGUGGUUUUUGAUGUUGCCUGUCUAAUAAUAAGUUCUUGAUGAACAAGUGAACUGUUUAUUAUUAAUUAGUGUUGCACCCAUAUAUGUCCUUAAUGCUUCUUGUUUUAUAGACAAAAAAUCGUGAAUCUACAAACAAAUAAUUCUCUCACGACUUUAGUGAAAAAAAGUUUUAUCUUUAGGGUUGACAAAUAAAUUCAUAAACAAAUUUGGGUAAAUACUCCU